AUGGUCAGAGAAGAUCACGAGGAGGAAGAGAGGAUGAUGGUGGUGGCGACGAAACCUGCAUGGCUUGAAGGAUUACUGUCGGAAACUUUCUUCUCAAGCUGUGGCAUCCACGAGAGUCGCCGUAAAAGCGAGAAGAACGUGUUUUGCUUGCUCUGUUGUCUCAGUGUUUGUCCUCACUGUCUCCUUUCGCAUCGCUCUCAUCCUCUUCUUCAGGUGAGACGGUACGUGUAUCACGACGUCGUUCGGCUGAGUGAUCUUGAGAAGCUCAUAGAUUGUUCAUAUAUUCAGUCAUAUACAAUUAAUGGUGCUAAAGUGAUAUUCAUCAACCAAAGACCACAAUCAAGAGCUAAGGUCUCUUCAAAUGUUUGCUUCACCUGUGAUAGAAUCCUCCAAGAACCAUUCCACUUUUGUUCCCUCUCUUGCAAGGUGGAUUACUUAUUAUAUCAAGGAGAUGAUUUAUCAAGUAUUCUCUAUAGUAUCGAGGAAUCGGAUUUCACGUUUUCAAGUUUACGAAUGGACGGACACGAUCAGCUCGGAGACAUAUCAACAAUGGAGGACGAGACCGACGAUAUUGUGGUAAUCUCAGAUCAAUCGGAGCAAGGUAACAAUAGUAAUAAGGAGAAAAAGAAGAAGAAGAAAGAGAGCCAUUACUUGCCUGGGAUGGUUCUUUCAAUUGGUAGCAGAAGAAAAGGUGCUCCUCAUAGGGCUCCUUUUUUAUAA